UUUUUUUUUUUAUUUUUUUUGCCAUCUCUUUUGGCUCAGCCCACCUCCAAUAUUUUUUUUACAUGAAUACUCUUUAUUUUUGUCACACAUUUCUUUGAGAUGAGAUGACCCUCAAAGGUGGCACCAGCCAAGCCUGCGCUGCCUGCAAGUAUCAGAGGAGGAGGUGCACGGCUGACUGCCCACUCGCGCCAUACUUCCCGGCUGAUCAGCCUAAGAUGUUCCAGAAUGCUCACAAGCUUUUUGGCGUGAGCAACAUCUUGAAGAUUCUGAGAGAGCUAGACCCCAGCCAGAAGUUGGUUGCCAUGAAGUCCAUCAUCUAUCAAUCAAAUAUACGCGAUAAGUAUCCUGUCCACGGAUGUUUAGGAAUCAUACAACAAUUGUGGUAUCAAAUUCAACUAGCCGAGGAGGAACUUCAAGCUAUUCAUGCACAAUUGGCUCUCUAUCGACAACAUCAGCAACAAGAGGUGUCAACUGGAUUGACUGAUUCUAUAUCGCAAUUGCACUUAGGAAUGGCGCCUCCAAGCAAUGCCCUGUCGCAUUUUCACCAGGAUGCUCCCCAAAAUUAUGACAAUACCGUAUCCGCACUGCCCAUUGGAUCACAACCCACUUACUCCUCCAAUAGCGCCAACGCUGCCAAUUACAAUGCAACUUACAUGGAUUCCAAGGAAAACAAUGCUGUAAACUCUUUAUGGGUUCAACAGCCGCCCUACAACAAUAGCAGUAGUAAUAUUAAUAAUAGCAAUCCAAUGGUUAUGCAAUCCCAGUUGAUAAACUCGCAGCCCUUAAUAAUCCAACAAGAUUGUGGCACACAAGAUUAUGAUGAAAUGCACCCAUUCUUUGAUACAAUUGAUGAUAGACAGUCUUAUAUUGCUUCAAAGGAAGCAUAUGAGUCGAGCUCUGAAUCAUCAUUGAAGGAUACAACACAAUCUGUUGAGCAUGUAGCUGAGAAUGAGUUGAAGAGUGCUGUGGCGUGUUUCAGUCUUACCAGCGUUAAUUAAUACUGCAGAACACCAUGGAAAGUGUGGAGUAACUGGUACCAGAGAGUAGACUUGUGACUAUGGUGCCUGUAUUCUGCACAUGUUAUUUCACAUAUUCACAGAGUACGUUAUGUUAAAUUGCAUCAUUUCUCUUUUACUUCAACUUCUUUCUUUUGAAUACUUAAUAGUUGUUUCAGUAGGAAAUGAUUUGGUCAUUCAUUCUGUAAACCUGCACUUUCAGAACAGAGGAGUAUUUGUGUCCUCCCCUCAACUAGGAAUGUGAUCAACUCUGUGCAGAUUAAUUUGCAAAUGAUGAGCGAAGCCAUUAUUCAUGACGAUGCAUAUUUGAACUCUUGAAUGGACAAAACCACCGUUCUAGUUUUAAACAACCACCCCAAAUCCAAAUGAAUCACUUUAGUAGCUCUGAUAAAGAGCUUCAAUGUUUUAGUUCGUACACUAUCUAGGUCUUUUCUGAAUUGCAAGCGGAUCUCUUUCUUUUCAACUCCUGAUGGCCAAAGCAAACUUAAACGCAAAAACAAACGGACGGCCAAAAGACAACAAAAUACAGAUUUGAGUUUCAGAUAAAGGUAUGAACCUUCUCAGAAUCCAACGUUUGUGAAAGCUAGGACAUGUGAUCACUGCUCUUUGUUAGUUUAGUGUUUCUUCAAGAUUAAUUACUGCUAAAAGCUUUCAGUUCCUAUCAUGAAGCCUGCACAUAAUAGCUGAUAUCGGGUAGAAUGUCAUCAAAAUGUACUGUGAAAAAUGUUGUCUAGAGCAGCAAAAACCUACCAACUACAGAUAAUUCUGUAAUAUGGCUAUAGCUGACAAAGCUACUGAAAGUAACUGGACCAAAAAUGUUGAAAAUAACCUAAAAUUCAAAGACUAUUCAAUUACAGUGUCAGCUAAGCCUUAAUCUGAAGGGUCUUAAUCCCCAUACAGGAUCCAAGAAUCUAUAACAAAUCAUUUUGAAUUGAAAAUAAUCCAAUUUAUUAAACUUUAAGAGGUUUAGGUUGGAUGAUUAACCCUCUAAAUUAUCUUAGGAAUAGAAGAUUUAACUGAGAUAGAUUGACAUAGUCAAAGAAUACCAGUGACACAAAUUAAGAAUGGGUAAAUAGGGAAGAUCAUAGUAUGGUUUAAAGUAUUAUGGGGAACUUAAAAUACAAGAAGGUGAUUAUUACCUUGGGAUUACUUUUGUGUAAAGUAGUUGCUAUUCAUUAAACCUGCAUCUCACGCUUGAGGUCAAUCAAAUGAUGACCCUUACCUAAAUAAACACUCAAAAAGCACUAGAUUUUAACUUGCCCCAGCUACCAAGUCCUUGAAGGAGAGCAGCACUCACAAGUAGAUUAAUAGGUCGGUCAUUCUUCACUGUUCCAAUUAUUUCUUUCCUCUGUUUCUUUCUUCUAGAAUUACAUUUUAAAUUGCUGAAUAUAUCAGGUUCACCUACUGUUGUGAAGUAAAAUAUUUGAAGGUUUACUGAUCCACUUAGCAUCCUCCUGUUACACAUACUUUGUUGGCUGUUUGAUAAUUUAAAAAGUACAUAAAAAUCCCUGCCAGUGAUUAAAAGUGCAGCCAGCGAAUGCAUUUGAUCUGAGUUUGUAUUGCAAAAGAAAACCCGAAAAGAAGUUUCUCAUGAUAGUUCUUAGAAGUUAUGAGCUUGGUGGAUUAAAACUGUUUCCUUCUUUUACAAUGUCAUUUAAUUUGUUUUCUAGAAGGGGAGGGGAUUGGGGUAACAGAAGUAAGAAGAGAGUAUGGACAUGGUGAGAAUCAAACUAUUGUUCUGAGAUGAUGAUACAAGACGGUUUUCUGAGUUAGUUACUUUCAUGCUUUCUCUUAAGAAUCUGAAGAUUUACACUAGUAACAGCCAAAUGACUUCAAAUCAAGAAAACUAGACCAUGGUGUAAUGCAACUUUUAUUACUUCCCCCAGCAUGAAAUGUCUUUUCUAUUCUUUUAUCUCCGAUGUACUUCACUUUCUCCAGUCAAUUCAUAGACCAAAAAUAAAACAAAAAAUACUUGGAACAAAAUAACUUCUCAAUAUUCAGAUUCUACAAGUAGCUAUUUAACUUUUACUUUUUGUGAAGAUCAUACUUGUUUAGUUCAUCUCAAGUGAUUAAUACAUUUCAUUUUCCUACAAGUAUUUCAUUAUUAAACUUUUAUAUUUUGUUACUGAUAAAAUGUGUAUAAACACAUAAAUAUACAUUAGAUUAGCUUUGUCCCCAAUGAAAAAAUAUCUUUGCUCCCCCUGCCCAUGCUCAUACUGUUUUUACCAAAACAUUCAGCUUAGAGCAGUAAUGAGGUGUAUGGGCAGAAAAGCAUCACUAAUGGAGUUGACGUCUUGCUAUUGGUAGCUUCAGAGAAUAAGGAAUUUCAAACUUAAAAUAUUACUUAUUGUUUAUGAAAUGAUGAUGAUGCAAAGUCUAGGACAGUAUCAAAUUUCUUUAGGAAAAUGAGAAGACAGAGUAUGUGCCAAUUCCUAGUUUCUUCAAGCUAUUAAAAUAAUGCAAGGCAAGUAAUAAUUUCUUAUCUGUAUAAAACGGGCUAAAUUGUAUUACAGCUUUGUCAGAUCAGUUGUCACAC